AUGAGUCCACACCAGAACCCAAACCCAUACAACAAUAUGAACUUCUGGGACUUCAUCCAGCACUUUGAUCCCAACCAAGCCCAAGCCCAGGCAACUGGUCGUGGUGUUGACCACCAGGCUGAAUCUCCAUUUCCCUCUUUCAUGUCCGGAUUCCCCUUCGCCUCACCUGGCGCCGGCGGUCCUGGCCCUCACUCUCCUCAUGGCCCUCCCCAUGGUCCUCGAGGAUAUGGCCCACGAGGCCCUCCUCCACCUCCUGAGGCCGACGGCUUCGUCUGGGGUCCUUGGUUCUCCGGUGAAGGAGUCCCCGACUCUCAGACUCGUGGCCAGCAUCGUCAGCAGGCAAGCGAGGAGCAACAGCGAGCUGCCGGCAGUGAGACCCGCGAGUCUGACGACACUCUGAACGUCCCUGAUCCCGAUGAGGUCGCUCCCGAGGAGAACCAGUGCGGAGCCCGUCCUUCAUGGGGUGGACGAGGCCGUGGCCGUGGUCGUGGCGGCCCUGGAUUCGGACGAGGUCGUGGAGGUUUCCCUCAUGGACCUCAUCAUGGCCCUCAUCACGGCCCUCACCAUGGUCCUCACCCUCCUCCUCCUCCUCCCUACGGCGCCCCCUUUGACCUACCCGCUCUCUUCCGCGGCUGGGCCAGCCACCCCUUCUUCCGCAACAUGCGCGACCAGUUCCAGGAGAACCAGACCCAGAAUCAGACCCAGAACCAAGACAAGAACACCACCGAGUCAUCAGACUCCUCUUUCAACCCUCCCAUCGACGUCUUCAACACCGAAAAGUCGUACGUCAUCCACGUCGCCCUCCCCGGCGCCAAGAAGGAGGACAUCGGCGUCAACUGGGACGCCGACCGCAGCCUUCUCAAGAUCGCCGGCGUUGUCCACCGUCCUGGCGACGAGGCCUUCCUCAACACCCUGGCCUCCAGUGAACGCAAGGUCGGUAUGUUCGAGCGCACUGUGACGCUGCCCCCCGUGGGAGCUGAUGAGCGCGACGAGGUUGAUGGUCUGGGCAUCACGGCCAAGAUGGAGGAUGGCGUCUUGAUCAUCUCUGUACCCAAGGCCGAGAAGGAGUGGACUGAGGUCCACAAGAUCGAUAUCGAGUAA